GGCGCCGGAGCGGCGCGGGGCGGGCCGAGGCGGAGCGGCGGAUCCAGGCCGCGCUCCCGGCGGCGAGGCGGAAGGGGGCGAGCGCCGGCCCGGGCGGGAGCCGUCGCCUCCUUGGGAGCGGCCGCCGCUCGGCAAGCCCCCGCCGGGCAUGCCACCGCCCGGCCCCGGCGAGGCGGCCGCCCGCGUCAGGGAGGCGGCGGGGAGGGACCCGCUGGCCGCCGACCUGCGGUGCAGCCUCUUCGCCGCCGCGCUGCAGAGCUACAAGCGCGACUCGGCGCUGAGGCCCUUCCCGGGCCGCUACGCCGGCGGCGACAGCAAGGACUUCGAGGGGCUGCUUGCAGACACCAACGCUCUACCAAGCCUGAAAGAACUUCUGGAGUCUGUUCCAAACACAGAGAAAAGGACCUGGGAUUUGUUCGGUUGGAUUUUAUCAUCUAAGGUCUUCAUGAUACAAAGUACUAAGAAACGUGAGUACGAGAAGAUCCAAGAACUCACAGGGAUGUCUGGGGCCGCUGUUCCUGCUCCGGACUACCUCUUUGAGAUCGUGUACUCCGAUCAAAUGAAUACCAAGUUUGCUGAGACCAAGGGAGAGCGGGACCUCAUCUACGCCUUCCACGGGAGCCGCCUGGAGAACUUCCAUUCCAUACUGCACAGCGGCCUGCACUGCCACUUGAACAGGACGUCUCUGUUUGGUGAAGGUACCUAUCUUACCAGUGACCUGAGCCUGGCUCUCCUUUACAGCCCUCACGGUCUUGGUUGGCAGCGAAGUACGCUGGGCUCUAUCCUUAGCUGCGUAGCUGUUUGCGAGAUCAUUGACCACCCAGAUGUAAAGUGUCAGGUGAAAAAGAAAGAUUCAGAAGAAAUAGACAGAAAAAGAGCAAGAGUGAAAAACAGCGAAGGGGGUGAUGUACCACAGAAAUACUUCGUUGUCACAAACAAUCAGCUUUUACGAGUUAAAUACUUGCUGGUAUAUUCACAGAAACAGCAUAGGAGGCCUUCUAGGCAAUCUUCCUGGUUUUACACGCACCGUUUUGCCGUAAUGAUGCUGCUGUACCUACUGCUGCUAAUCGUGAUAGGGGCCAGCAAAUCGCCAACCUUCGUCUACUACUGGCACAGAAUGUUUGACUCGAAGAGAUGAAUUGCCUGAGAUGAUAAACUUAUUUUCACCACGUGCCUUAAUAAUAGCCAAUCUGUAAUGCACUGCAUCUGUUCCAGAGUGCUGGAAGUAAAGGUGCCUGGAGCUUUUCAGUUCUGUCUCCAAUAUAUUAUCCUCAUGGCGUCUUUCCAUUUA